GAUCUUCUGGCGGGUUGGGUUGUCUUCGCGGGUAUCAGCCCUGCUGAAGUUCAUUUAGCUGCCAGCCGGCGAACAGUUAACAACGCGGCGAGUGUCCAACUAGAAAGCGAGCAAGAUGCCCUCCAUAUGGCUGUUGAUCUCGACGCUGGCCUUGGUUAGCGGUCAGGACUAUCAUUACCACCGCCCAGCCACUCCUUUCGUGGCGGAUGCCUUCCAUCCGCACCAGCAAACAACAGCCACCAAGUUUGUGGUGCAGACACUGGGUCAGACGUACGGCCUGGAAACCCAAAGGGCACCGGCCAUCUAUGAGGAUCAUCAGACGCAGAUUGUACAGGUUUUACAGCAGCGACAGCUGCCGCAGGUCCAGCAAUUUCACACUUCCAGCUACCAGAAUCCCCUGCUGGUCAGCACCAACUACCAGGCUGGCACCGUGUCCUCGGCACCUUCAGCUCCCGCUGCUCGUGCCCAGCCCCUUAGCACCUAUGGACCACCCCACCUGCAGCACCAAUCACAGCCCCUGCUACCUCCACCACCGGCUUCCGAAUACUUACCCCAGCAGCAGCAGCAGCCACCUCCAAGCUAUCUGCCACCCCAGCAGCCUCCCCAGAAAUUGUUCUUCGCCAACCCGCUUCCGUAUGCCUCUGUGACGACCGGCUCUGGGCAAACGGUGCUCGAUGCAGGACAUGGAUCUGGUGUGGCGCCCAAUGAGGUGCAGACUCAGCUAUUGCAGGCCACUGGAUCCUCGCCACCCCAAGUUCAAGUGGGCGACCAGUUGGGUCAGUCGCAGACCGCCGCCCUGGAUGGCUAUGACUACAAGCAGAGCACGCCGGGAGACAACCGAGAGUACCAGAGGUUCGUGACCAGCUGCCCGGGCGGUGGAGGCUGCCAGAAGAAGGAGCUCGGUCCCAACGAUGUGGAUGAGAGCCACAAGCGGGUGCUGCAGACGGUGCGAGCCAGUACGCAACCGCGGGUGGAGGGCUGCUACAAGACCCAGGUGAUCUAUGUGCCAGUGGGAGCUGCUGUCAAUAAGGAGGGUCAGCUGCGACCAAAGAGUCGGCGAACUUUCGAGCGCAAGGAGCAGGUGCUCACCAGAUACCCUUACAACUAAAUGCCCUCUCUAAUCACUCACCGAAUUUCACACUAAAUGUAUUAGUUGUUAUGCCUAGUUGUCAGUAGUUUGUUGUUUGUUGUAAAUAAAUCGAUCACUGUUUAAAAUU